AUGUAAAAAUUAGCCAUCUUGGCAUUAGUUCUUGCUAUCACAGCUGCUAAGUUUGUUGAUAUUCAUACUAGCUUGGCUUAAAUUAAUACUGAUCCAUUUGGACAUGUCGUAUUGUCAGCUAUUAAGGCUCACCUUCUUGCUUAAACUCCAGCCAAUGAAGUUAACAUGUUAUUAAAUGGUGUUGGUGCUGGUAUUGUUCAAGACUAAAACGAUCAUGAUCAUGCAUUUGAACUUGAUACAACUACAAACAAUAGAAUUGUUGAAGAUUUAGAGAAAGAGAUCUUAUAUCAUCAAAAUCAAAUUGCCUCCAACACCUAAUUGAGAGACGAUACUAUUGAAGCAUUGGCAGUCUCAGAAGAAGACAUCAGAGUUACUAUUGCAGAUAUUGCUAACAACGAAGCUACCUAUGCUAGAGAAGAAGCCACAAGAAAUUAAUAACAUGAAACCUUUGUUGCUAAAGUCGCUGCCAUUGAUGAUGUUAUUGAUGCUAUUGAUGAUGCUGCUAAAUUGAUCUAACAUUUAAGUCUUGGAGCCUCAUUUGCCUAAUUAAAGAGCAAAUACGACACUCUUCACAAGAAGCUUUCAGAUAACACUAGUCACAGUGCUUUAUUACAACCAGUCAUCACUGCUCUUACAGAACUUGCUACUCACGGAGUCAACCAAAAGGCUUUGACUAAGAUUGCUUAACUUUUGAGUGAAAUUAGACAAUAAUUAGUCAGCGAGAAAGCAGCCAAGACUGAUGUUGAAGAUAGAUAAGCUGCACAUUGGGCUGAAUUCUCUGUCCAUUUGGCUAAUGAACACACCAGAUUAGUUGAAAGAAAGGCUUAAUUGGAAGUCCAAAUCUAAGAAUAAAAAGAUACAAUUGAAGAUGCCUAAUCAUGGAUCGAAUUCCACACCUUGGAAUUAGAAAACAGUGAAGAAAGACUUGCCGGACAAGAAGCAUGGUAUGCUGUUUAAUCCCAAAUCUAUGAAACAUAAACUGCUGAAAGAGAAGCCCAAUAAGAAAUAGUUGACAGACUCUAAGAACACAUUAGUGAAAAAUUGUCAACCACCGCACAAUUCAUUGCCAGCAGAAACUGAUUUCAUUAACCAAUAAUAUCAAUUAUCAUUAACAUCCUUCCAAACUAAUUAUUAAA